GAAACGCACCAGCAACACGUUAUCUUGUUUACAAUGUGCAUGCUGUCAAACCCAGAUAGCUCUACCAGGGACCAAACAUGGAACAUCUCAGAGUACUAGAAUUGUACAGCGGUAUCGGAGGAAUGCAUUAUGCAUUAACAGGUAUGUGAAAUAUAUAGCUAGUCACUUGUGAGUCUGACUGUGUUUUUGUGUCCAAGCAUGCUAUAAAUUGGCUAGCCGCGUCUGCUAACGAUAGCAAGUGAAUGGUUUUCUUACUGAUGAUAGCUAGCUAGCUACAGAAGCUAGCUAGCGUUACCUUGUUCUUAAUUGGAGAGCAAAUACUUAGCUAUUGUUUGCAAAGAUGACUGGAAAUUGAUUUGUAGCUAGUUUCUCGCCUAGUUAAUCUCGUUAAUUUGUCAAAAUUUUCGCUCAUGCGCAAUUAACAAGGUUAAUUGCUCCUGUCCAGCCAACUAAGCCUUUUGCAUUCCAAUAAUAUCUCCUUUCUCUUGAAGUGUGCACUCGUUCACUACUCCCCACAAAUCUUAAAGCAUUGGAUUGGUGGAGGCAUAGCUGACAGUUUCAACUGUGGAGUGGAGUUUAGUUCGUUAGUGGAAGCAUGGCUAGCGGGAAUUUCUACCAUAUUUCUUAUACCAGUCAUUUCCUUUCAAUUCAGUGAAAGGAAGUGAACAAGUGUACACUUUGCUCAGGCAGUGACGUUCAUUUGGAAUGCUCAGGUUGACGCAGCCUGUCAUACUUUGGCUUUCAACAGGUGUCACUGUCGCUAUUCAUAAAGUCUAUGGGACAAUACCUGUUGAUCAUUAGCUACCAGGCUCAUUAGCAAACCACUAGACCAUAGUGCCUACUGUUGUGUAUAAGUUAGCUGUCUAUCUUUUCAUGUUGAUGAACACUCCUAUUUCUUUCUCUGUGCAGAGAGUGGUGUGGCAGCAGAGGUGGUAGCUGCAGUGGAUGUGAACACCACAGCCAAUGAGAUCUACAAACACAACUUCCCCAACACGCCUUUACUUCCCAAGACCAUAGAGGUGAGCACUCUUAGACCUGUCAUUGAGGUCCUGGGUUCAAAAGAGUUGCCAUACUGCAUUCUUAACCAGCAGGCUAUAUUUCAGGGGCACACUUCACCAAAGGAAAUAACCAAUUUUAACUGAAAUUGUCAGCUCAUGUUAACUUGUAAGAAGGUCACAUAUACCUGUACUUUGAGAGACAUUCAGACAUUCAAAGUACCAAGGCUAAAACUAAAGGAUAUGAAAAGUCUCUCAAACAACCAGAGAUUUUAGGUUAAAGAGAUUAUCCGGUACAUUUUUAUACUUUUUAGCCAAACGUUCUGAAAUUAGCCUCACGAUCCAAAGGUGGUCCCUGAAAAUGGCGUACUACUUCACAUAUGUGCAGAUAUGUGCACCACAUCAAUGCUCUCUCUCUCGCUCUGCUGUGUGUGCAUCUUGCUACCAGUCACUCAAAUGGUGAGGGGCUGAUGAUCAUUGCCUAGAAUUUGAAUUGCUAGGGGGCUGGCCCACAUGGGGGAAAAGGUAGGGUUGUCUGCUCUGUCAGCAUCCAGUCAGUCAUGAUGCACAACUUGCACUGUCUUCCUAACAGGAUAGAAUAUUCAUGCAGUUAUAGGUCUAUGCAUCACUCUCUUCAAAUUAGCCCUGAAAAAAUGUAGGGAAAAUGGCACAGCUUCCAGAAAAGCAGUUGCUUUCAAACUAUGGAUUACGUGGCUAAUUGAGGCAAGACAGUAAUUCUGCUCAUAAAUUAUGAACUACACAUUGACACAUUCAGCCCAAAGCGGGAGGUUUAAAAAAUACUUAGUAGUCGCCAAAGUUCCAGAACAUGUCUUUAAUCUCUAGCAUUAACCUUCUAAAUUGUGUGUAUUUGUUACAAAAGGAAGCACUUUGCUGACAUGUGCAGAUCAUUGUCAUUUCAGUGUAAUUAUCCUGAGAUGAGUUUAAGUGAUCUUUGACCUGGAUAAUAGAAACCAACAUGGAAUUUUUAUUUAACGCUCAGUGUUAUUCUUGCCAAUUAGCCUAGUCCUCAUACAAGAGUAGCUGUUAUUGACACAAGAUUGUUAAUUUGGAUAAAUAUGCUUUAUUAUGAAAUGAAUGCCUUUUGUGUCCAUUUGAUAUUUUAAGUAGAAAUUGUGCACAAAUAUUGCAUUUUAAAAGCCUGUUAUAUUAAAUGAAGUGUCCUUUUAAUAUAGACCAUAUGGAUAAUUCAAUUAAUCAGAUUUGUUAUAUAAAUAUAGACUUGCUAAAGUGCCAAUAUUCUGCCUUUUCACAUGGCCCUCUGUGCACCCUCUGUUACUUCUAGGAAGAUUUGAACCCACUUAAUCCCAACAUUUCUCCAUGUUUUCAACAUUGUAAAGCCGUGGUUAUUUUGUUGUUUUGACAGUCAUUUAUGAAUAUUAAUAUUUAGGCUAUUUCAUGUGAUUAGUCUAGUGAUUCAUUUACGUCUGUCCCUAAUUUUAAGGUCAACCUUGUUACGUGAACUGAACUCUCUUUUUAAUAUGGAAACUAUUCCUUAAAUACAAUUCUAAAGAAACAUUGAACAUCUAAUACUCAAAUCAUAGUGUAAAACAGUUGAGCUGGUUCUACUCUUUUUGGCAAUUUGCUGUUGUUUUGUGCUGGAUAACUGAGCGGGUCAAGCAUAACACAUCAACCAUGUUACGCAUAGAUAGACAGGCUAGAAAUGUUUUAACGUUUAUUUUUUUUUUGUGAAGCUUGCAUUCAAUUGCCACUUCCUGCCCAAGCUUCCAUUCCCCCUGUCACAAGGGGAUUUAUGGCUGAUUUAUGAUGAAAUCGUCAAACCUGUUACGGUCAACCCUGUUUUACUUUAUUUGGCACUUAAUAGGCACUUACUAUAGUCAUUCUUUAUUUAACUACUUGAGAUGGGAAAAUAUGUUUUUUAUGAUGUUAAACAUGUGCUCUUUAUUACAGAAUGUUAAAAUUAUGUGAUAUCAAACAGUUUUAUUUGUUACACUUCUCAAAAGGUACCGAUUUGGUGGAAGACCCAUUGAGAUAUAUUGGGCCUACUCCUUUAGUGUUGCACACGUUCCAUAAUCUAGGAUGUAUUUGUUUAUUUUGCUUUUCCCCACAUAAUCCCAUGACUUAUGUUUUAAUAGGCUGUUUGAGGUAAAAUAGUAACUGAGGAGCAGGUUAAGUGAGGGGUAAAGGUUGUCUGCUCUGUCAGCAUCCAGUCAGUCAUGGUGCACAACUUGCACUGUCUUCCUAACAGGAUAGACUAUUCAUGCAGUUAUAGGUCUAUGCGUCACUCUCUUCAAAUUAGCCCAGAGUUUCAGUGAAAGCAGAAGGGCAAUUCCAUGGUAACGUAAUUAUGCUGAGACGAUUUUUCCCUUUAAAAUGUAUACCAAACAAAAAACAUUAAUUUUAAAGUUUAACAAACCAUAGAACUCUAUGCACAAUGACUAUUUUUAACACAUUUUUACAAAUAAAGUAAUGUGCAGAUACAAAGUUUGGUAAAAAAAAAUGUUUAACCGUAAUUCUGUUACCAAACUUUGCAUCUGAAUUUACUGUGUACAUUUUCAAAGUAGGCCUAGUCAUUUUGCAUAUAGUUCUAUGGUUUGUUAAUCAAUGUUUUUUGUUUGGCAUACAUUAUUUUAAAGUGACUAGGCCUACUUCCCUUACCGUAGAAUUGCCCAGAUGUAAAUAGAAAUUAUGUUGUUGUAGUGUUUUAAAUCCAGGGACAUAACCUAACCCGAAGACAAUAUAAAGGCUCAUAAGCCUGCAUGCUUAUAACACAUUAAACAGCAGUAUACCUGCAGGCUUUUAUUGGUUGUGAAAAGAUGAGAGAUUAAUGUUAUGGGCAUACCACUGAGGGGUAAUGGUUACACACAGACCUACACUGAGUAGGUUUCCAUGACAUAGACUGACCAGGUAAAAGCUAUGAUCCCUUAUUGAUGUCACUUCAAUCAGUGUAGAUGAAGGGGAGGAGACAAGUUAAAUAAAUAAUUAUUUUUAAGCCUUGAGACAAUUGAGACAUGGAUUGUGUAUGUGUGCUAUUCAGAUGUUGAAUGAGCAAGACAAAAGAUUUAGGCUAAGUGCCUUUGAACGGGUUAUGGUUGUAGGUGCCAGGCGCACCGGUUUGUGUCAAGAACUGCAACGCUGCCGGGUUUUUCACUGUCAAUAGUUUCCUGUGUGUAUCAAGAAUGGUCCACCACCCAAAGGACAUCCAGACAACUUGAUACAACUGUGGGAAGCAUUGGAGUCAACAUGGGACAGCAUCCCUGUGGAACGCCUUUGACACCUUAUAGAGUCCAUGCCGUGACGAAUUGAGGCUGUUCUGAGGGCAAAAGAGGGGUGCAACUCAAUAUUAGGAAGGUGUUCUUAAUGUUUUGUACACUCAGUAUAUAUUGUUGCUCUCAUAAUCACAGGCUUAUAUACAGUAGCUAUGGCUUACAUAGAAAGCUAUCAAUCAGUCAUAAUGUCAUAGCACAAUCACAGUUUUAAGUAGAAGAUGAAAUGCUGUUUUCUUAUGUGUUUUUAUUUAUUUUAAUUUUUAAUCUGUCACUUUAUGUAGCUUAAAUCAAAGUAAUUUUGUUUGGUUUCAGGGAAUGACAUUGGAUGAUUUCAACAAAUUGGCGUUUGAUAUGAUCUUGAUGAGCCCUCCAUGUCAACCUUUCACUAGGUAUGUGCCUGUGUGUGUACGCGUACACAUGUGCCUAAGAUCUGGUGUUAGCAUUUAAAGAUUAUCUGAGUUAGGUCAUAGAUGUGUUAAAAAAGGGACACUGCAAUCGUCUUCCUCUCUGUAGGAUUGGGUUACAAGGUGACGUAACUGACCCCAGAACCAAGAGCUUUCUCUACAUCCUUGACCUUCUACCAAGGUCAGACACAUACAUUUACACUCCCUAUUCAUCUUUCCAGUUGGUCUCUCUUUCCAGUGCCUUGGUUGUUUUCUAGGUAGCUACUCUGUUUUGACCUAUUUCUAGCCAUAGGAUUGAAGUUCAUUCAGUCUUUUCCUCCACUGUAGUUACUCAGUUUCCCCUAUUUGUUACCUAGCUAGUAGCUAUUUCUGGAGUCAUUGAUUCAGUUCCAGGUCACUGAAACCAUUGUUCUACACCAUCAUGACCAUGUCAUUUUCUUACUCAUUACAUUCUGUUUAUAGAUAGACUGAUGUAAUAUCCUGUUGCAUAUUGCACAUUCAGAAAGUGUAAGAAUAUUGCCAUCAAUAUGAAUUCACCUCUCUGAAUUAUGUUAGUUUUUUUAUGAAUAAAGACAUGCUGUGUGGUUUGACCCUCUUCUCUCCCUGUAGGCUCAGCAAGUUGCCGCGCUUCAUUCUGCUGGAGAACGUGAAAGGCUUUGAGACGUCCUCCGCCAGGUAACCAUGGAGAUGGGAGUCCCCUGCUCUGGAAGGUCACUAUGGUUACCCUGUUGGCAGCCAAUGCGGUUUUGGGACAGGCUGUGUGUUUAGCCUGUCUCUGUCACUGUGGAUCUGAUCUGUGUACAGAACUUUCUCUGAGCACUAGACAGCCCACUUCUCUACUAAGUCCUGUAGGCCUAUAUAUUUUUCAGCUAAAUGCAAUUUUUUUGAUUUCGUUUACCACAUAAUUUCUCUAAAGCCCCUUUACUUUUCAACUGUCAUGUACAGUGCAUUUACUGCAGUCUUAUAACAAAUAUGAUAUACCAUUUUCUGUGAGAUGGCUAAAUGUAUGCCAAGAGUGAUGUCUGAAUAGUAUUUUCUACUCUGCCUAGGGACUCUUUGGUGAAAACGCUAAAGGAAUGUGGAUAUAACUAUCAGGAGCUCAUGGUUUCUCCUACAUGUGUAAGACAUCACGUUUCUUUACAUUACAGCAGCAUAGUGAGCUUACACAUCUUCUAGAUUCUAACUGUCUCUAUCUCUGUUCACAGCUGGGGAUGCCCAACUCCAGACUCCGGUAUUUCAUGAUUGCCAAAGCACCACCAGGAUCUUUCUCCUUCCACACCACUUCAGCGGUGGGGCCCAGUCACCUUAACAUCAAUCUCUAUUAUGUUAUGGAUAUGAUGUACCUAACUACAUGUAAUGAUGUCUACUUUGCAUUCCUGAAGGAGAAUGGCUCCAUACACUUUGUGGGCAAAAUUGUCUUCAUAUACAUUUUGUAGACAACAUCCUGGUUUUAUGUAUUUGUCACAACCAAGUAAACAAUGUGAGGUAAACGUAUUUCCUCCCAUGACCAGAUCCAGGAAGGUUUCCCGCACCCUGCAGACAAGGUCUUAUUAGAGCCCAGUUCUCCAAUCUCACCUAGUCCCACUACAACCACCUGCCAAAAGGACGAUCACAAGGAAGAUGAAGGUGGUAUCCUGUACAAGCUGGAGCGGGCCCAGGAUGCUGAGAGGAAGAGCAGUCAGAACAGAGACCCGUCCCUCAGACAGAUCAGGGCCUACCUGGAGGACCAGGGAGAAGGGGAGAUGGAGCAGUACCUCCUUCCUCCUAAGACCUUGCUGCGCUACGCUCUGCUCAUGGAUAUAGUCAGGCCCACCUGCAGGAGAUCUGUCUGCUUCACCAAAGGGUAUGGCAUCAAGCAGCAAUGGAGCAUAGACACAGUAGGGUUUUUUCUGGAUCAAAAAGGGGCCUAAGUGGUGGGCGUGGCAGGGGCGUGGUCGGCCUAUCGGUGCGGCUGAAUUUCAGAUAAAAUGUUGCAGUUCUAAAGGUAGCUUAGUGAUAUGACGUAGAUGCAGAAAGUAAACAGCAUAGUGGGUCAAUUUCUAAGAGCGUUGAAGUACGAGGCUCAACUUCUCUGCUUUUGGUCUUGUGGCUCCCUCUCUGUAAGAGUGUGAAGCGAACCCGUGCACAUGCAUCUCAAUAUCUGCAGUUCUGCUCGUGGCAACGUCAUUUCGCUGAGUCUACUGCUAAAGCUAAUUCCCUGUAGUUCUAUGCAUUUUGCCAUGGCUAAUGCUGUUCUUUUGCUCAAACAUAACAAAAUAUAUACUGCUAAAUUCAUUUUUUGGGGAAUUUUCAAUUCUCCCUGACUGUCUAGCUUUUAUUUUGGUAAUUGUUAGUUUUCAAAGUUUGUUAUAAAAUAAUAUAUAUAGGUCCAUUUAUCUUUUCUAAAUACUUCAUAUCUGGUUUUAGUUGUUUAAUUUGACACUGAAAGCGUUUUUCCCUCCCAAUGUUUUAUUAAUUUAUUUUUAAAUAUAUGAUAUAUAAUAAUAUUAUUAUUAUUAUUAUAUAUAUAUAUAUAUACAGUUGAAGUCGGAAGUUUACAUACACUUAGGUUGGAGUCAUUAAAACUCGUUUUUCAACCACUCCACAAAUUUCUUGUUAACAAACUAUUGUUUUGGCAAGUCGGUUAGGACAUCUACUUUGUGCAUGAUACAAGUAAUUUUUCCAACAAUUGUUUACAGACAGAUUAUUUCACUUAUAAUUCACUGUAUCACAAUUCCAGUGGGUCAGAAGUUUACAUACACUAAGUUGACUGUGCCUUUAAACAGCUUGGAAAAUUCCAGAAAAUGAUGUCAUGGCUAUAGAAGCUUCUGAUAGGCUAAUUGACAGCAUUUGAGCAUUUGUGGUCCUCUGUAGCUCAAUUGGUAGAGCAUGGCGCUUGUAAUGCCAGGGUAGUGGGUUCGAUCCCCGGGACCACCCAUACGUAAAAAUGUAUUCACACAUGACUGUAAGUCGCUUUGGAUAAAAGCGUCUGCUAAAUGGCAUAUUAUAUUAUUAUUAUUAUUAUUAUUAUUAUAUUAUAUUAAUUGGAGAUGUACCUGUGGAUGUAUUUCAAGGCCUACCUUCAAACUCAGUGCCUCUUUGCUUGACAUCAUGGGAAAAUCAAAAUAAAUCAGCCAAGACCUCAGAAAAAAAAUGGUAGACCUCCACAAGUCUGGUUCAUCCUUGGGAGCAAUUUCCAAACGCCUGAAGUUACCACGUUCAUCUGUACAAACAAUAGUACGCAAGUAUAAACACCAUGGGACCACAAAUCAAUCCCAAAACAACAGCAAGAACCUUGUGAAGCUGCUGGAGGAAACAGGUACAAAAGUAUCUAUAUCCACAAUAAAACGAGUCCUAUAUCGACAUAACCUGAAAGGCUGCUCAGCAAGGAAGAAGCCACUGCUCCAAAACCGCCAUAAAAAAGCCAGACUACGGUUUGCAACUGCACAUGGGAACAAAGAUAGUACUUUUUGGAGAAAUGUCCUCUGGUCUGAUGAAACAAAAAUAUAACUAUUUGGCCAUUAUGACCAUCGUUAUGUUUGGAGGAAAAAGGGGGUUGCUUGCAAGCCGAAGAACACCAUCCCAACCGUGAAGCACGGGGGUGGCAGCAUCAUGCUGUGGGGGUGCUUUGCUGCAGGAGGGACUGGUGCACUUCACAAAAUAGAUGCCAUCAUGAGGAAGGAAAAUGAUGUGGAUAUAUUGAAGCAACAUCUCAAGACAUCAGUCAGGAAGUUAAAGCUUGGUCGCAAAUGGAUCUUCCAAAUGGAUAAUGACCCCAAGCAUAUUCCCAAAGUUGUGGCAAAAUGGCUUAAGGACAACAAAGUCAAGGUAUUGGAGUGGCCAUCCCAAAGCCCUGACCUCAAUCCUAUAGAAAAUGUGUGGGCAGAACUGAAAAAGCGUGUGCGAGCAAGGAGGCCUACAAACCUGACUCAGUUACACCAGCUCUGUCAGGAGGAAUGGGCCAAAAUUCACCCAACUUAUUGUGGGAAGCUUGUGGAAGGUUACCUGACACGUUUGACCCAAGUUAAACAUUUUAAAGGAAAUGCUACCAAAUACUAAUUGAGUGUAUGUAAACUUCUGAACCACUGAGAAUGUGAUGAAAGAAAUACAAGCUGAAAUAAAUAAUUCUCUCUACUAUUAUUCUGACAUUUCACAUUCUUAAAAUAAAGUGGGGAUCCUAACUGACCUAAGACAGGGAAUUUUUACUACGAUUAAAUGUCAGGAAUUGUGAAAAACUGAGUUUAAAUGUAUUUGGCUAAGGUGUAUGUAAACAUCCGACUUCAACUGUAUAUAUUUCACACUGUUUGGACUUAGGCGACCCCAAAAAAACAAAUUUCAAUGGCAGAAAAACCCCUAAAAACCCUAAACAGUAUAGAGUAGCACAGCUUUACAUCAUACUCUCACCUAAUCUAGCCUGGUAUACCAUGCAUUUGACCCUAUAUGUUUUCAUUUGUUGGUAUCGUUCUUGUGUAAACUUCAGUAUUUGCUGAUUUUGUGUUCCCUAUUUUUCCACAGCUAUGGACACUACGUUGAGGGAACAGGCUCUGUGCUUCAGUCCUGUAUGGAAACAGAUGUAGGUUUUGACCUUACGACCUUACACAUGCCACACGUGUCUUCUAAUAGAUCACUUAGCCAGCUUAUGUAUACGUACACCCUCGCAAUGUCUAGGAGGUCUUAGACCUGCCUAGCUGCUCCAUUACCUGUCUCAAAGUGUACAUUUAACGUGACAGUAAGCAGAUGCGAGCAGGGUGUUGGCUGCAUGUGCCUAGGAGAACAGGGCGAGCUCUAUCCUGACAGAUAUGUUCUUUGUUUGUGUUUCCCCUCAGUUGGAAGCAGCGUUUAAAUCUCUGGAGCGUCUGUCUGAGGAGGAGAAACUACAGCAGCUGUCCAGGUUGAAGCUCCGCUACUUCUCCCCUAGAGAGAUAGCCAACCUCAUGGGCUUCCCCAAGCACUUCAGUGAGUCAUUCAUAUCCAUUAGCCCAUAACGUAGGACCUCUAUUUGAUUAGUUAGUUCAUCAAGUUAAUCAAGACCAAGAAUAAAUCCAAUCAAAUGCAGUACAAAACUCCAUAAAUCAUAGGCCUUAUACUGUAGGCCAUGUGAGGACUUUCCUCACUGAGUUAUACAAUUAAAACUAGCAUGCAGCCUACAGUAGUUCAUUAGUUGAGUUGUCGUCACAGCAAACACAGCACAUGCCUAGUCUUACGCACUUGCUCCAUGUAACCAUGUUAGUUACGGUGAGUGCUAAGCCUAGUUAGCUGCAGUGUUUUUCUAUACAAAGGAUUUAGCGUAAGGAGCUUUCUGGGUGGGUGAUAUAAUGAGAGUGAGUAGAGGACGUAGGAAGCAGGCCAAGAUAACAAGAUGAGAGGGGCCAGAGAGUAAGGGCCUGCGGGUGACAAGAGAAGGGAUCUUAAUACUAAGCUAACAAAUUGAAUUGUUUUAAGAUGGUCAUACCAUGGAUCAUUUAGCUAUUUGAUUUAGAAUUUUGGGACCCCUUUAGGUAUAAAAAAUAUAGAUUUUUUUGGGACAGAUAAAAUAUUGAAUUUGGCCUUUACUACAAUAGCCCAUAGAAACGCAUCGACUAAGACAUUCAUAAUUGGCUAAAAAGACAGUCAAAAAAUAAAUAAGGUUUUGAAGUGUCUGUCCUAUAUCUAGGAGAUAUAAGAACGCUCAGGAAAUAUAUAAUCUAUUUUGUACACAUACAGUGCAUUCGGAAAGUAUUCAGACCCCUUGACUUUUUCCACAUUUUGUUAUGUUACAGCCUUAUUCUAAAAUUGAUUAAAUUGUCCCAAUCUACACACAAAACCCAUAAUGACAAAGCAAAAACAGUUUUUAUAAAUUUUUGCAAAUUAAUAAAAAAUAAAAAACGGAAAUAUAAGUACACAUUUACAUAAGUAUUCAGACCCUUUACUCAGUACUUUGUUGAAGCACCUUUGGCAGCGAUUACAGCCGCAAGUCUUCUUGGGUAUGACGCUACAAGCUUGGCAAACCUGUAUUUGGGGAGUUUCUCCCAUUCUUCUCUGCAGAACCUCUCAAGCUAUGUCAGGUUGGAUGGGGAGCGUUGCUGCACAGCUAUUUUCAGGUCUCUCCAGAGAUGUUAGAUCGGGUUCAAGUCCGAGCUCUGGCUGGGCCUCUCAAGGACAUUCAGAUACUUGCCCGGAAGCCACUCCUGCGUUGUCUUGGCUGUGUGCUUAGGGUCAUUGUCCUGUUGGAAGGUGAACCUUCCCCCCAGUCUGAGGUCCUAAGCACUCUGGAGCAGGUUUUUAUCAAGGAUCUCUCUACACUUUGCUCCGUUUAUCUUUCCCUCGAUCCUGACUAGUCUCCCAGUCCCUGCCGCUGAAAAACGUCCCCACAGCAUGAUGCUGCCACCACCAUGCUUCACCGUAGGGAUGGUGCCAGGUUUCCUCCAGACGUGAUGCUUGGCAUUCAGGCCAAAGAGUUCGAUCUUGGUUUCAUCAGAACAGAGAAUCUUGUUUCUCAUGGUCUGAGAGUCCUUUAGGUGCCUUUUGGCAAACUCCAAGUAGGUUGUCAUGUGCCUUUUACUGAGGAGUGGCUUCCGUCUGGCCACUCUACCAUAAAGGCCAGAUUGGUGGAGUGCUGCAGAGAUGGUUUUCCUUCUGGAAGGUUCUCCCAUCUCCACAGAGGAACGCUGGAGCUCUGUCAGAGUGACCGUCGGGUUCUUGGUCACCUCCCUGACCAAGGCCCUUCACCCCCGAUUGUUAAGUUUGGCCUGGCGGCCAGCUCUAGGAAGAGUUUUGGUGGUUCUAAACUUCUUCCAUUUAAGAAUGAUGGAGGCCACUGUGUUCUUGGGGACCUUCAAUGCAGCAGGAAUGUUUUGGUACCCUUCCCCAGAUCUGUGCCUCGACACAAUCCUGUCUCUGAGCUCUGUGGACAAUUCCUUCGACCUCAUGCCUUGGUUUUUGCUCUGACAUACACUGUCAAGUGUGGGACCUUAUAUAGACAGAUAUGUGCCUUUCCAAAUUAUGUCCAAUCAAUUGAAUGUACCACAAGUGGACUCCAAUCAAGUUGUAGAAACAUCUCAAGGAUGAUCAAUGGAAACAGGAUGCACCUGAGCUCAAUUUAGAGUCUCAUAGCAAAGGGUCUAAAUACUUAUUUAAAUAAGGUACUUCUGUUUUUAAGUUUUUUAAUACAUUUGCAAAAAUGUAUAAAAAACCAGUUUUUGCUUUGUCAUUAUGGGGUAUUGUGUGUAGAUUGAUGAGGACAAUUUUUAUUUAAUCAAUUUCAGAAUAAGGCUGUAACAUAACAAAAUGUGGAAAAAUUGAAGGGGUAUGAAUACUUUCCGAAUGCACUGUAUUUAAGACCUUGUUUUUGUUGGCACAAUACUACUUCCAUUCAUUUGUAUGGGUUACCUUCAGACGAGUCCCAUGACACUUGGGGGUCGUAGACAAAACGGAGAGAGUCACCCCUGUUAAUGAGAAUCACCCCUUUCCGUAGAGUGGUUCUAAAAGUUUUUUAGGCCAAACCAUUCGGACACUGCAGACGUUUUCGUCAGAAAACCGAUUUUCGGGGUGUCUCAUGGUCUGACAAACAUAGCUGUAGCUCGGCCACCUUCCACCACAGAUGCGGAAGACCGACAUAGGCGGAUGCGGUGGAUUGAGACGCAGCCCAUGCAAAAAAACUGAUAUUUUUAGCUUAAACUGACAGAUUUUGAUGGGGAUUUUUGUAUUAUGUUACUUAGGUGUGUCAAUUGACUCUUAAGGAUUUUAAUGAGGUAUGGACAUUCUCAUACAACUGUUUAGUCUCUUGACAAUGUUGGGAAAAACUAACCUGGAAAUCAGUAUAUGUUUAGUCUUGUUCAUAGGAUAAUAUGUGAUGUAAUGAUUUUGUGUUGUUUUUCUUGCAGAUAUCCCAAAGAACAUCUCCACCAAGCAGCAGUACCGAGUCCUGGGGAAUAGCCUGAACGUACAUGUGGUUGCCCGGCUCAUAGAACUCUUGGUAUCCUAACCAGGUGUAUACAACUCAUGGUAUCCUAACCCAAAAUACAUUCUGCCUAGGGGAAAAUACUGUUUUCCAGUUUAUAUCUGUGUUAUAACUGUGCUACUAGUGAGAUAAUGUAGCCACAGUCUGUCUGUCCUAGAGUCCACAGUUGGGCCAGAGGGACAAGUUACAUACUGUAUUUAUUGUAUAAACGAUGUGCUACACGACAUGGAUUGGAAUCAUGGAAUCAUGGAAUCAACCUCUGCAGAUGCCUUUGCUUUUUUCAUUUCAAUUUCAAAUCUGCUAACUGAAUUAAAUAAAACUUUUUUUUUGCUAUA